AGUCCACUUUAAAUCUUGCCUAGGUCCCUCCAUAUUACGUCAUCAACAUGAGCCACGAGUCUUGACAUUCAGACGCAUGCAGAAUGUUUUCAUGAGUUUUUGACCUUUACCUUUACAGUGAAUCCGGGGACUGCAAACCUUAUACGGCAUGUCCGCGCGCCAAGCAUCAGUCCAUGCGAAAUGGAUCAUUGGUCAAGUGAUCGGAACCAAGAUGAAGAAGACGGCAAAGGUUCGAGUUACCAGACUUGUGCUUGAUCCAUACCUGCUCAAGUAUUACAACAAGAGGAAGACCUACUUUGCCCAUGAUGCUUUGGAGCAGUGCACUGUUGGGGAUGUUGUUUUGUUGAAGGCCUUGCCGGAGAAAAGAUCCAAACAUGUCAAACAUGAACUCGCAGAUAUUGUGUAUAAAGUUGGGCAAGUGGUGGACCCGCUCACUGGGAAAAGGGUUGCUGGGAAGCAGUAUUUGGAGCCUCUUACGGAAAGCACAGAAGACGCAGAAGUAUCUUUAACGGAAAAACUGGGGCAACUGAACAUUAUUGCCUCAGCACCCCCUUCACCCUCGUAGCGUUGUUUCUGUUUGAUGCAAAUGUCUUCUUGAUUUUCACAUAAAAUAUUAUUAAACUCA